AUGAAGUGCAUGAUGUCCCGCAAGGAGCAUCUGGACUUCGUCUUCAAGGCUAUAACCAGCCUUGGGCUUGCCUCCUGGAUGCCCGACAUAUACAGUAACAACCCUACCUCCCUCUACAACCUGCUUCAUGAGCGAAUCGCGAUAUCCACGUUCCAGUAUAUGUGCAAUGCCUUUGCAUACACCCUGUUCAAGGUGAACCUGGAGUACGCCAGUCAAUCGGCACUUCUUCAGCAGAUAUACCAUCACUAUGUCUUCUCAUACAUGCGCCUGAGUAGGGAAAAGGCCGAGAACGGUGGGAACCUUCAGUUGGCGACCGUUCUUGAAGGGAUAUACAAGAGGCGAAAGUCGACUCGAAAGGACCGUGUACGCUGGCUGCAAGAGCAAAACUACAACCCAGCAGUCAUUCGUGUCUUCAAAUCAAAACAUACCACGUCCGAGGACGAAUAUGAUGCUGCACUCGGUGGGUAUGUCGUGAAGGCUGUUGAAGGCCCAUCAGCAGCCAUGACAAGCUUUGCAACCUGGGUCGAUGGGGAAAUUGCCAAGGUUGUUAAACCAGGGCGUGGUAAGACCAACAGGUCUCGCAAGAUGAAGCGCAAGCGUAUUCGGCUGCCCAACCCACCUGCUCCGAUUAUUGUUGCACUUCCAAAGAAUGUGCCCAUCGACUACUAUGACCCGGACUAUUUCAAUGUCAGAUUCCUUCCUCGCGAUCGUGCAAAGUUUUCGAACUGUGGUGUUGCACUGCCUCUCCCUUCAGUACGAGGUGACACCGUGCGAGAGCACAAGGUCAUCAGGAAAACACCUGCCCCGUAA